AUAGGAAGCAAGGUCGCGGAGAGUGUCGGAGUUGCAAUCGGGGGCGUCAAUUUCUCGAAACAGGAGUGGGGCUCGAUCAGAGUGCUUUUCCCGCAGGGUGAAAAACAAGGCACGGGAGCAAUUCGGCGAUGGAUGUUUGAGGAGUUCGCGACGAGGAGAGUUUAAGGCUGAUUACUACCGUCGGAGAGAGCAGAGCGCGAAGAUGAAGAGUUCCAUGGGGCUGCUGCUGUUGGUGUUGGUGGGCCUGAUGGCCUUGAGCGGACAUGCGGAGGGAAAAGGCUUGGGUCGUGUGUCGUUGAAGAAGAAAACGCUGGACGGGGAGAUGCUCAAGAAGGCGAAGCUGAACGUUUUCAAUAGAGCUGAGUAUUUGGGUAUUCCAGUCGUGAGGAACGGGCUCAACGAUGGCGGUGACGCUUUGGUGUUGAGUAAUUACAUGGACGCUCAGUACUACGGAGAAAUUGGAAUUGGCACUCCUCCUCAGUCUUUCCGUGUCGUCUUUGAUACCGGCAGCUCGAACUUAUGGGUUCCUUCCUACAAAUGUUGGUUCUCUAUUGCUUGUUUGCUCCAUCACAGGUACAAGUCUGCAAAGUCCAGUACCUACAAGGAAGAUGGCACCUCGUUUUCUAUCCAGUAUGGAACAGGAGCAAUGUCGGGUUUCCUUAGCGAGGACACUCUCAUAAUGGGUGACCUGCACAUCAAGAAUCAGGUUUUCGCUGAGGCGACAAAAGAACCAGGGCUUACCUUUGUGGCUGCCAAGUUCGAUGGAAUUCUCGGUUUAGGUUUCAAAGAAAUUUCAGUGAACAGAGUGACACCUCCCUGGUACAACAUCAUGGAUCAAAAUCUUGUCCAGUCCCCGGUAUUCUCUUUCUGGCUAAAUCGUGAUGUCGAUGAACAAACUGGAGGUGAGCUUGUUCUGGGCGGUAUGGAUCCCUUGCACUAUAAGGGUGACCAUGUUUAUACUCCUGUUACUCGAAAGGGCUAUUGGCAGUUUAACAUGGGAGACGUAACUGUUGGCGGAAAGAGCACUGGGUUCUGUGCGAACGGUUGUGCUGCUAUCGCAGAUUCUGGAACAUCUUUACUGGCUGGUCCUACGGUGAUUGUGGCUGAAAUCAAUCAUGCAAUCGGUGCCACCGGUAUUGUCAGCGAGGAGUGCAAGAUGGUCGUUGAGCAAUACGGAGAAAUGAUUAUAGAGAUGCUAAUGCAGCAGGCGGCAAAAUUCGUGUGUAAUAGCGUUGGUCUCUGCUCUGGUCCCACCUCAGCUGUCAACAGUGAACCACAUAUUGAAAGUGUAUUGGACAAAGACGUGGAAUCCAAGCCUGUGGGAGACGACGUGGCCUGCGCUGUGUGUCAAAUGGCCGUGGUGUGGGUACAGAACCAGUUGAGAAAUAACAGGACGAAAGAAAGUAUUCAGAAUUAUCUCAACGAUAUUUGUGAACAUCUUCCUAGCCCGAACGGAGAGUCUCUUGUUGACUGUGAUUCUCUGUACUCGAUGCCGAAUGUUGCGUUCACAAUCGAAGGAAAAACUUUUGAGCUGACUCCACAGCAGUAUGUGUUGAAAGUGGGAGAUGGCAAAGAAGCACAGUGCAUCAGUGGCUUUAUGGGAAUGGACGUCCCAGCUCCUACUGGCCCCAUAUGGAUUCUUGGAGACAUCUUCAUGGGAGCUUACCACACUGUCUUUGAUUACGGAAAUACUCAAGUUGGUUUCGCCGAGGCUGCUUGAAGCUUUGAUUCUCAGGCCUGAGCUUUGCAAGUUUUAGUGCUCCAGAUUGAUGAAUUCACUGAAGAUGUCGGAUGUAAAGAUGGAAUUCUUCAUUUCAACUGCAACUCCUAUAUACACGUUUCCCACGGCGUUGUUUGUUUGUUUUGAGGAUCGUAUUGUAAGUACUGUACAAUAUUUUCCCGGAUAUUAGGUACAGUAGGCAGUAAACACCAACUCUAAUUUUGUAAUAUAUUUUCAUUAUAGACGCUUAACAGACUUUGUGAAAAUGUGACAUCCAACAAAAGACGCUUUCUUUCGUUAUCAUCGCCAAUGUCACCUGAAAUUUAUUUGAUGAGGGUUUUUUGAAAUACUUUUUGUGUCGGUCAGAAAGGACCGAUAAGCAAACAU